CUUGUUGACAGUCUAUCUUGCCUUUCUUCAUACCUCCACGGUUCCACUACGGUCUCUUUCGCUGGAUUUAUGACUUCGAUUUCCGUAUAAUCGAACGGGCCGAGGAUAAUAUAUAAUACUAUCCAUCAGAGAGUGACGUACCGCCACACCCACCACUCUGCUCCACUCCACCACUGCUAGGAUACCACACCUGUGCGACCUGGGGUGGCACCACCUAUAUACCAGGACGAACGCAGCCAUGAACAGUGUGGAUAUAGGACGAUGCAGCAAACGCAUCGUACAGUACCUCUGGGAUCCAGAACCCAAGAAUGACGAAGAUCCAAAUGCAUCUAUUUGGUGUCUGGGAAUAGAGUACCCUCCUGAUCAUCAGGAUACACCCUCCGAGAGGAAGACACGUAAGGCUCUGCAGGAUCAUAAUGCAGACAACAGCGACUCCUGGCAGAACGCACCAGAGACGGCAAGGUACCAGAAAAGAACAGACCAUACCUGGCCAGAGUCAUUCCUCUCAGACUUCGAGUCUAAAAUCUGGAUGACCUAUCGAUCAAACUUCCCCCCGAUACCGAAGCUCGAGGGCGGCGACAUGAAUGCAUCAAUGACACUGGGGGUACGCCUGAGAAGCCACCUAGUAGAUACGCAAGGUUUCACGUCUGAUACUGGCUGGGGUUGUAUGAUACGAUCCGGUCAGAGCCUGUUGGCAAAUGCAAUGUCUAUGUUGCUUUUAGGGCGGGGUUGGCGACGCGGGGAGAGUUCCAAAGAAGAAGCGCAAUUGCUGUCGCUUUUCGCUGACGUGCCAAGUGCCCCUUUCUCAGUACACCGUUUUGUAAAACAUGGGGCAGAGUCUUGCGGUAAAUACCCAGGUGAAUGGUUUGGGCCUUCUGCGACUGCUAAAUGUAUAGAAGCGCUCUCAUCCCAAUGUGAACACCCAGUGCUCAAAGUAUACGUUACGAACGACACCUCAGAAGUCUACCAGGAUAAAUUCAUGAGUGUCGCGUGCAACAACUUUGGUGCGUUUCAGCCCACCCUGGUACUUCUAGGGACGAGGCUUGGCAUCGACCACAUUACGCCUGUAUACUGGGACGGCCUAAAGGCUGCCCUUCAAUUUCCCCAAUCGGUCGGGAUCGCAGGAGGACGCCCGUCGGCGUCUCACUAUUUUGUUGGCGCCCAGGGGUCGCAUCUAUUUUACCUAGAUCCACAUUAUACUCGUCCAGCGCUUCCAGUCCGGGAGGAAGGUGGAUCGUACUCGGCAGAGGAAGUGGAUACUUAUCAUACCCGGCGACUAAGAAGAAUUCACCUAAAAGACAUGGAUCCGAGCAUGCUUAUAGGCUUCCUUAUCCGCAACCAAGAAGAUUGGUACGAUUGGACCAACCGCGUACGAGCAGUUGAAGGAAGACCGAUAAUCCAUGUGCUCAAUGAAAUGAAUCCUGAUCACGGUCAGGAAGCGGAAGCCCUCGAUCAAGUGGAAGCAUUGGAUGAUAUUGAAUAGUAUUUGGGAAUCGGGGAUUGUGCAAUAAAGUGGUUCAUAUGUAGCACCACUUCCACUAGUGCCAAAGCAUCAUUUACCAAACUCACUUUUCAUCUCAUGAACAUGCAACUAAGCAAUCUGAUAUUCGAAUUCUGCUAGGGAAGGCAAAUCCGCGCAACCAACCCCAGAUCCGAGUUAUGUUACACCGCAUUCACGUCACGAAAACCAUAAAAACAUUUGGCCCAAGGGGAAAAAAGAAAUAAAGCCAUCCCAUGACACAUUAGAAAUCCCGCGAACACCCUGUAACCCACCACCUCAAAACCUUAACUGAUGACGAGGUAGCAAAAGAACAAUCCUGCAGAAAGAAAAGAGAAUAAAAACGAAAAUGCUUAUUUGGCAGACGA